GUGAAAAAGACCAUGAUUAUAGUAAAGGUGAUAAAGGACACGAUGAUUAUUCUUCUAAAAAGGGUGUAGAUAAAAAGCACGAUGGGGAUAAAGAUGACGACGAUUACGAAUGCUUCGGCGAAAAUGAAGAAAUCUAUUGCUAUGAAAAAGAUGAUAAAGGCAAAAAGCGUAGUAUAAAUAAAAAGCGUGGUGAAGAUUAUGACCAUGAUAAAGACUACGGCUAUGAAAAGGACGAUGAAGAUUGUGAUGACGAAAAAGACCAUAAAGGAUAUGGUCAUGACGAAAAACACGAUAAAGGAUAUGGUCACGACGAAAAAAAACAUGAUAAAAUCCUUAAAAAGCGUGGCAAUGAUUAUAAAAAAGGCCAUGAAGAAUAUGGUCAUGAUUCCAAAGGAUAUAAAGAUGACGAAGACUAUGAUAAACAUUACAAACGCGGUGAAAAAGACGAUGAAAAAGACGAUGAUUGUGAUGACGAUAAACAUGAUGGAUAUGGUCAUGACGAUAAACACGAUGGAUAUGGUCAUGACGACAAACACGAUGGAUAUGGUUAUGAUGACAAAAAAAAAGAUGAUAAACAUUACAAACGCGGUGAAAAAGACGAUGAUUGUGAUGACGACGGAAAAGACCAUAAGGGAUAUGAUGAUAAACAUUACAAACGCGGUGAAAAAGACGAUGAUUGUGAUGACGACGUAAAAGACCAUAAGGGAUACGGUCAUGACGACAAACACGAUGGAUAUGGUUAUGAUGACAAACACGAUGGACAUGAUUAUGACGACAAACACGAUGGACAUGAUUAUGACGACAAACACGAUGGACAUGAUUAUGAUGACAAAAAAGAUGAUAAACAUCACAAACGCGGUGAAAAAGACGAUGAUUGUGAUGACGACGUAAAAGACCAUAAGGGAUAUGGUCAUGAUGACAAACACGAUGGAUAUGGUUAUGAUGACAAACACGAUGGAUAUGGUUAUGACGACAAACACGAUGGACAUGAUUAUGACGACAAACACGACUAUGAUGACAAAAAAGAUGAUAAACAUCACAAACGCGGUGAAAAAGACGAUGACUGUGAUGACGACGUAAAAGACCAUAAGGGAUAUGGUCAUGACGACAAACACGAUGGAUAUGGUUAUGACGACAAACACGAUGGACAUGAUUAUGACGACAAACACGAUUAUGAUGACAAAAAAGAUGAUAAACAUCACAAACGCGGUGAAAAAGACGAUGAUUGUGAUGACGACGGAAAAGACCAUAAGGGAUAUG